CACCCUGAUUUGGGAGAAACCCGUCUCGAAUCCAAUUCCUGUGUGGAUUUGGAUUCGAAGAUUUCAAAAUUCUUUCUCGACACCGACGACAACGACAACACCAUUCUUCCAUCAAUCAUCAAUCGUGAUCUUUGAGAGAAGUACGAUUGCUCACAAAUUUUGACGCCUACCCUWUACUUCUCAUUCCACAGAACGUUUGCAUCGACCAUACUUGUAAAAAACACCCGAGAACGUCGCGUCAUUAUCUCUUGAGAGUAACCACUUCCUUUACCGCCAAAACAACCGCAAUGGUUUUCACCAAAAUUGCGAACCCCUUGGUGACGCGGUCGAUCAACAGCAAUCAUUUCCAUCGCCACAUUGCAUCUUUUUCUAGAACCUCUUCAGCAUGUUAUAUCUCCUUGCAUCAGAAAGAAUAUUGGUCGGGGUUGAGAAGGAUGUUCAUGAGUACAUCAUCUUUCCCGUCACGUUUGUUUUCUUCGGAGAGCGAUAGCAGGUCGCCCUUGGACGAACAAGAUCCGUCUGUGCUAAAGGCGAGAUUUAAGGAGCGCCUACGCGAAGAACGAAGAAAGUCCUUGAUGGGUGGAGGACAAGACAGAAUUGAUAGACAACACAGCAGGGGCUCACUGACAGCUCGAGAACGACUGGAAUUACUUUUCGACGAAGGAUCCUUCCAAGAGUUGGAUGCAUUCAAGACGCACAGAUGCAAAGAAUUUGGAAUGGACGACAACAAAACGCAAUUCCCUGGGGAUGGGGUGAUAACGGGACACGGAAGAGUAAACGGUCGCUACGUAUAUGCAUUUAGUCAAGGUUUGUGCUCAAGUUGUGAUGUCUUAUUUUGACCAUUCGCGUGUACCGUGAAUUGUCAGAAAAUGAGGAAUGACAUUCCUGGUUGGUUCAAACAAUAUCAACAAAUCAAUCCUUGUGAUUCACUGUACUCAUUUAGCAUGUUGCUACUCAAAUUAUUUCGUUCAACUCUACUUAACUAACUUGCAUGAUAUUGCCGGGCAAUCUUCUGGAUGCAGAUUUCACCGUUUUUGGUGGAAGCCUUAGUGAAACAAAUGCCGAAAAGAUAGGUUAGUGAAAUUUCCAUUAUAAUUUAUGUUCUCUGCCAUUAGAUCGGUGUAUUCUCGGUUGAUAGCUAACAAAAACGAUAUGAACUCAUCUAUUGCAUAAUUGGACCCCUUUUCAAUAGUUAAGAUAAUGGAAAUGGCGAGACGAGUCGGGGCCCCCAUCGUUGGACUGAAUGAUUCUGGAGGAGCUCGCAUCCAAGAAGGAGUGGAUUCAUUGGCAGGAUAUGCAGACGUCUUUUUGUCAAACGUUGAUUCAUCUGGCGUCGUUCCACAGAUAUCAGUAGUCAUGGGACCUUGUGCGGGAGGAGCUGUAUACAGUCCAGCCAUGACGGAUUUCAUUUUCAUGGUAGAAUCCUCCUCGUAAGUUCCGUGAUGCAAGAUUUCAGUCUGCGCUCGUUAUCCUGCAUAUGCAUUGGAAGUAGGUAUUUCAUUCUACGAGUUCACCAGUGCCGUCUUCUUUCUUUCCCUCUCUCCUCCAGGUACAUGUAAGGAUAAAAAAUGAUUUUGCUUUGGUACAAAUCUAUUACUCUUGGGACUUUCUUUUACCACAGUUACUUAUCUUGUUUUCUACUUUUCAUACAGGUUUGUCACCGGCCCUGAUGUUGUUAAGACCGUUACGAAUGAAGAUGUCACGAAAGAAGAUCUUGGAGGAUCGAAGGUUCACGUCAGUAAAAGUGGUGUGGCACAUGGGAAGUUUGAAAAUGAUGUCGCUGCAAUGAAAGGAAUGAGGCGAUUUCUAGACUUCUUACCUAGCUCAAAUGACAAGGCGACACUACCAAUCAAAGAGUCGACCGAUCCACCAGACCGUUUGGUUCCAGAAAUAGAGAACUUGGUGCCCGACGACCCGAAUACGCCAUAUGAUAUGAAGGUACGAGAUACUGUGCCGUUGUUCGCCACUAAGGAAAAGUAUGCUGACCCAAUUGACUCAUUUUAAUUUUCUUGUUUUCGAAGGAUGURAUUCGGCAGAUCGUGGAUCACGGUGAUAUUUUCGAAAUAAUGCCUGAAAUGGCCCAAAACAUUGUGGUUGGGUUUGCUCGGAUGGACGGGCACACCGUAGGAAUUGUUGGAAAUAAUCCGUUGACCUUGGCCGGAUGUCUCGAUAUUAACGCUAGUAAUAAAGCUGCUCGAUUCGUUCGCUUCUGCAAUUCGUUCAAUAUUCCAAUCGUUACCUUCGUCGAUGUUCCUGGUUUUUUGCCUGGAACGGAACAAGAAUUCGGCGGAAUCAUACGGCAUGGAGCUAAGCUUCUUUUUGCGUAUGCAGAAGCAUCAGUCCCCAAAGUGACAGUAAUUACUCGUAAAGCGUACGGAGGUGCAUACGACGUAAUGGCAAGCAAGCAUCUUCGGGUUGAUUCCAACUACGCAUGGCCUGGUACAGAGAUCGCCGUGAUGGGAGCGAAAGGAGCUGUAAAUGUUUUGUAUCGGGGCAACGUAAGUUCACCAAGAAGACGGGACUCGUGGGAAGAGAAAGCAGUAAACUUGCUUUCAGACAUGCCGCUUUGAAAAUACUUCCUAACCCCUUGCAAUUCUAAUUGUCAACCAGGAAAAUGUCGAAGAACACAUCGCGGAAUAUACUUCAAAAUUUGCAAACCCAAUGACUGCCGCCCAAAGGGGAUUUGUAGAUGACGUCAUUGAUCCUCGAGACACAAGACGCAUCUUGUGCAACGAUCUCCGUCUGCUUCGAACUAAAUCCAUGCCUGAGAUUAAGAAGAAACAUUCCAAUAUUCCAUUGUAACAGAUAUAGUCUUCUAUUCUCACUAAUUACAAACUCUUAUCUACCUUUUGAAGCUUUCUUAGAUUUGUAGAUUACUGAAAUAUAGCUUGGGUAUAAAGAUCAACAUGGACU